AUGAAAUCGGAAGUAGAUCAGGUAUUGGAGAAUAUAACAGUGCCCGGGUCGUUCCUUGUGAGUGGGUCUACUUUGCCGCCAAUAGAGGGCGCGCACGCACUAUCGCAACUCACACAAAAUUGCGAUAUGGAUAUGCAGAGAUUUUUAACAAAUCGCGUAUGGAGCCAGGCAUUAUUAUUGUGUAACGCAUCGCGCGAUAUUUGUAAGGGUAUGCCGUCAUUGUUUUGCGCAACACAGGUACAAAGAUACUUGGACGUUUCUCUAUAUCGUUUGCGAUUUGGCGAUGGAUUUUUCGAGCAUAUGCUGAAUAUCAUCGCGGAAAAGUUUACUGAAAAAUACGACAUAUGUACUGAGGAAUGA